GAGCAUUUCUUUGCAUUCUCAAGAAGGCUCCCCGAGGUGUAAUUGUCGCGCCCGGAGCACGCGAACUUGCGCAGGGUCCUUCUGUGAUUUACCACUUUCCUCUAUCGCACCUCUGACACUCAGCAGCUAAACUCGGAGCCGAAGCCAGCGUUACAAGCGGGAAGAGCAGGCUAAGUAUCUGCUGGGCGAACCCCUCCGGUCCCCUCCCCGCGCGGUUCCAGAGAGCCGGAAACGUGCACCCUCGCCGCCGGCGGCCGUGGAAGGCGCAUGCUCCGUGCGAGGGGGCGGGCCGCGGUUCCCGCCGGAAGCAUUCUCUCCCAGCGGCGUUUCCUUCCUGUGUGAGGCUGGCUGAGGGCUCCUGCUGCCUCAGUGUGCGCCAAGGGGUCAGUCAAGAUGGUGCACGCUGAGGCCUUUUCUCGCCCCUUGAGUCGGAAUGAAGUUGUUGGUUUAAUUUUCCGUUUGACGAUAUUUGGUGCAGUGACAUACUUCACGAUCAAGUGGAUGGUAGAUGCAAUCGAUCCAACCAGAAAGCAGAAAGUAGAAGCUCAGAAACAGGCAGAAAAAUUAAUGAAACAGAUUGGUGUGAAAAAUGUGAAGCUUUCAGAAUAUGAAAUGAGUAUCGCUGCUCACCUCGUGGACCCUCUUAACAUGCAUGUUACUUGGAGUGACAUAGCAGGUCUGGAUGAUGUCAUUACAGAUCUGAAAGACACAGUCAUCUUACCCAUCAAAAAGAAGCAUUUGUUUGAAAAUUCCAGGCUUCUGCAGCCUCCAAAGGGAGUUCUCCUCUAUGGGCCUCCAGGCUGUGGUAAAACGUUGAUUGCCAAGGCUACCGCCAAAGAAGCAGGCUGUCGAUUCAUUAACCUUCAGCCUUCAACACUGACGGAUAAGUGGUACGGAGAGUCGCAGAAACUGGCCGCUGCGGUCUUCUCCCUUGCCAUAAAGCUACAGCCUUCCAUCAUUUUCAUAGAUGAAAUAGACUCCUUCCUGCGAAACCGUUCAAGUUCUGACCAUGAAGCUACCGCCAUGAUGAAGGCUCAGUUUAUGAGUCUAUGGGAUGGACUGGAUACUGACCACAGCUGUCAGGUCAUAGUUAUGGGUGCCACCAACCGUCCUCAGGACCUUGACUCAGCCAUAAUGAGGAGAAUGCCAACCAGGUUUCAUAUUAACCAGCCUGCUCUAAAACAAAGAGAAGCAAUCCUGAGACUCAUCUUGAAAAAUGAAAAUGUGGACAGGCACGUGGACCUGCUGGAAGUCGCCCAGGAAACUGAUGGCUUCUCAGGCAGUGACCUGAAGGAGAUGUGCAGAGAUGCCGCCCUCCUGUGUGUCCGGGAGUAUGUUAAUUCUACAGCAGAAGACAGCCGCGAUGAAGACGAAAUCCGGCCUGUGCAACAGCAGGACCUGCACCGAGCAAUUGAGAAGAUGAAGAAAUCCAAGGACGCAGCGUUCCAGAAUGUUUUAACACAUGUUUGUUUAGAUUAAGAGUAAAGAUCAUUUGUACAGUUCAGUGUGAUCUAGUUUGGUGCACUCUCUUAUCAGUGGAAAUAGAAUGAAAACAGGAAUGUUCUUCAUGCCGUGAGAGUUAAAUGUUCAUGACACUGGUUUUAUACUCUGACUCCUAAGUUAUUGAGAUGUAGUUGUUCUGUAAGCGGUAUCACUAUUCGUCAGAAAUCAUGAGGAGGAGCAGUCUAGCCAGAGAGGGGGCUUGCAUCUGACCUCUGUCGCCGUGCGCUGCAGCCUCAGAGCAUCUAAGCUGGUCUUGAAGUAACCAAUGGUUUGUCAAGUCGUUCGUGAGAAACGGGGAUGUGGGUAAGUGCUGGCUUCUCGGUAUGUGAGUGUGUGCGUGUGUGCGUGUGUGUGUAUUAAAUGUAUAUAUUCACACAUUUUAUAUCAAUAUUCUGUAGAUAUGUUUGAAUAUGGAAACUUUUUUUUACCGCAACUACUGAAUCAAAAAGUACCAAAUAGUGUAGAGCAAAAGUAAGAUUUUUGGUCGUGUGUAAAGGUACAGUGAUUCAGCCUUUUCCAGCUCUCACUUGUUUCUGCUUUUGUUUUAAGUUGAGCAUUGCUCCACAGUGGGACAGUCGGAAUCCGCCAGGUCUCCGCGUCAAAUGGGGCUUCACUGUUAUGCUUGUCAGAUAAUCCAAUAAAGAUCAACAUGGAGUGGUUGUCAGGCAUUUGGGUGACCAACACUGAUUUCAGCUCUCUGUAAGCACACUGAGCAGAGACCUGUUUUCAGUUGACGUACAUGAACAUGGAAGGAAUAGCCUUCCCAGUGGCUUGGAAACCUGCAGUGCCAUGCGGUGCACGUAUGUGACUUCCCUCCACUUAAUGUAGCCUACUUCUGUUGUGACCAUGGCUUUGCAAUGUUCUUUUAAAGUCUUAUGUUUUUUAAUUAUGGUCAAAUAUAAUUUGGUCAUCAGAAAUGAAGUGAUAGUUUAAAACAAGUAGCUGUUGCUAGAUGUGCUAAAAAUACUCAUUUUGUAACUUUGAUUUUAAAAUUUUCUUAGCAUAUUAUAAAUUGUGCCCUAGUUAGUACAGAUACACAUGUCAGAGUCCCCAUAUUGUACCCGUAGGCAUUCAAUGCUGUGUACCCUCCAUUGAAACUUUUUUUGUCCAGAAUUUCACUAACCAGAAUUCUGUUACAGGCCCUUAAACACACCGCAUGAGGAAAAUGGCACAAUGUGGUCUUGAGGUGCCUUCUGUGAACCAUCUGAAAGAUUAAAUUAUGCUCCGUAUAUUUUUGUUUUUAUUGUAUUUCUUUGAAACUCUCAGUCUUUAUUCGUGAGUCAUUGGAGUAAUUUAUUUGAUAGUCUCUCACUCGAACCUGUUGGGGAGUUUAUUUGGUUGUAUGAGUAGUGGGUGGGUAGAGGUUGCAGAAAGCAAGUUGCGAAAAUUGUGAAAAUUGAAUGCAAAACACAAGAUACCAAAAAUAAAGUUUCGUCUCCCAUUUUUAAUAAUUAUACAAUUAUUUUAUAAAUAUAAUAAAGAGGUUCCUCUUUA